AUGCCAAGGGAGAGGCCCCUGCAAAGCCGGGAAGGGUCAGAUAAACCCAGAGUGCAGAGCAAAGAGAAAGGAGAGUGGAAAAGCUCCUUGAGGAUAAAACAGUUGGAAGGAGCAAUGAUUUACCUUUCCAUAGGGGGAAAUGGGGAGAAGGAGAGUAAAUUAAGAAGAGAGGAUGGGAAGAAUUUUACAGGAGGAAACUGCCCUCCCCGAGGUUUCCAUUUCGUUCUCAGCCCUGCAGGCAGCCUGGCUGCCUCCCCUUCCCUGGUCCAGGAGACCCGCGGCCCAACCGGGCUCGGCUCGGGUCUGGUGGAAGGACUCGGAAGGAAGCGGGCAGUGAAGGGUAUCUUACAAAAGCCGGGGUUCCUGAGGCCCAGCGGGGCUAGCGGGGGAAAAGGUCCAGCAGACUCACUAGAGGCAGAAAAAGCAGGGGGGCCGGGGUGGGAUGGGUGGCAGAGGGGCGUGGCGGGACGCCGAGCCAGGUGGCCACCUGGAGCACCCCGCCCCUCCCGGUUCCUCCCCGGGCCCGGCAGGCGAGCCGCAACCCCGCCCCCGCCCCGCGCGCCCGCCUACUCCCGCCUCCGUCCCGCCCCCAGCCCGGCGCGGCUGCUGUAUUUGCAUAAGGAGGUGGCUCCCGGGCCUGCCCGGGGCGCACCGAGAGCAGCCGUGACCUCCGACCCCGCCCGCCGGCAGCCAAUAAGAGCGCAGGUCGUCUCCAAACCCAAAAUUUCCACGUCGGCAAAAGUCAAGAUGGAAGGGAGCAGAGCGGAGCGCGAGGGGGGGAGCCCGCCCGGGAAUGCCUGGCUGCUGCUGCUGGAGGGGCAGGCUGGGGAGCCUGUGGCGGGCGCAGGAGGGGCCAUGCGGGAGGGCGCCCCGGCCCUGGGAGGCCGGAGCCCGACCACCCGCCCCCAGUCCCCGGCGCCUCGGGGGCAUCCCGCACUUCGUCAGCCGCCUGUGCACCCCACUGCCCCUCCGGCCCUGGUUCUGGGGGGUUGUAGGGUAGGGGACGGUGGCGAGCGGUUGGGGGGGAGGUGGGGAAGGCACUUUGCAGACCUGUUGCACGGGUGCAACAGCUGUUCGGGUGCGGUAUGUAGGGGGAGGGGGCUGUCGGGGCUGGGAGGGCGCUCGGCCGCUGAGACUGCGAGGGCCGGGGGUGCAGGGCCGGGGCUCAGAACAGAGAGGGUGGCGUGUGCUAGGGGGAAGCACAGGGGGUCCGCGGGAAGCUCGCUAACUACUGGGGCAGAGAGAAUCCCAGAGAGUGGGUGGGUGGAGCGGAGGGGAGAGGACUGCAUAGACGCGAGUUCUGGGGCUGGGCGCGGGCAGCGGGGAGACCGGGAAUUGAGUGGUGGGAAUGGCUGGGGGAAGGGGGGCCGCUGUGGAGGCCCCGAGCUGCCUCGCUUCCCUGGGCCGUCCCAUCCGCGGGGCAUUUCCCGAGCCUGUAUUCGUCCCUCUUCCCCCCCGCUUUUAACUCUUCCAGCUCCGAGAAUUCGUCUUCGGGCAGCCCCCUCCCCCACCAACUUUCCAGAAGGGAAGGUAAAAAGUUGCCACGAGUUAAGUGGAGUGAGUUAGCAGCUUGCAAAAGUUUAAAGAGCAGGACCGAGGAGAAGGUGGGGUUCGACCGGGAGUAGGUUCUAAUCUGGGAUGGGUUGGAAGGCGGGGGAGGGCGUGUGAUUGCAGCAGCCCGCUUGCUGUGACAUCGCGAGCAGAAUUUGUCGAACCGGGCUGUUGAAACACCAUUUCUGUUGGGCAUUUGCUCCUGCUGACUGCGGCAGUAACUUUCCAUAAUUAAUGACCCGUUCCAUUAUCGGUCGCAUCCUGAGCUAAAUUGCUUUUAACGAGUUGUUCUUUGUCUUAGCUGGGGGUUGGUGGGGGAGCACACCUGCAGGAAGAAACUUCUGGAGGAGGACAGUUUGGUCUUUUGAGGCAAAGUUCUGAGACACUCCGACUCUGAAUAUGAUAGAAGUCAGUGCACUACAGAACUUUGUCUCUAGGGACUGUGGUCGUCGUCGCCGCCACCACCCGCUGCGAGGGCGUCGGCGGACUCGGGACCGGGUAGCCCCGGUGGCCACGUCGCAGCGCCUUUCCCUUGGGGGGAGGGGCGAGGCCAGAAGGGGUCCAAGCACUGGGGAACGUGGUCAACUUCCUUGAAGCCGGUGGCUUAAACCAAAAUCUGAAUCUCCCUUCCUUCAUUUUGCCCUGGUGGACUCCUGACUGCAGAGAUUUUGGUUUAAAAAAAGAAAGGGGAAAGAAAAAAAAAAAAAAAAAGGUUUGGGCUUUUCAAGGUUAUUUAAAAGGUACUCAAAAGACCGACUUCACUUAUUGAGCGAGGAGAGGAGAGCCACAGGUUUAUUAAUGGGUGUGUGGGUGUGCAGUGCCUUACAGGAAUUUAAACUCUACCCUUGAAGAAGAAAAUGUAUUUGUACAAAAGCCAUGGAUAAUGGUCCUUUUACUCAAGUGACCUGCUAGAUAAAUGAGAUCCUGCAAGGACUGAGUUUGGCGAUCCAGUCUCAUUUCUGUUUCCGAUUUAGGUCCAAUUCACUCUUAUUUUUUUAAAAAUAGGUUUUAUUAAUGGAAAGGAAGCACUUUUUUCAAGAAAAUUUUGAAAGGCAGCUGGUUGGGUGGGAGGCAGAUGGGGGGCAAUAUUUACUGUUUGGGGCUGUAGAGAUACUUUUCGCUGGAGACACUGCUCCUCAUUACUGGAAUGUGGGUUUUGGUUGGGGAGUUCCUAUCAAUAGCCUGCUCUGUGCAGUGGGCCAGUGACUGGCACCCGUUUAUAGUCCUGUUCCAUUGACACUGCCCUAUUUUGAUUUUAUGAGUUUUUGGCUGGAGAGUUGAUUGAUCCAAAGAAUUACAAAAACUUUGUGUUAACAAAGGCAUUUAUCCAACAAAUAUGCUUGACGUGUUUGCUGGGUGCCAGGCUCAGGGCACAGGGUGGUGAGUAAAAAGGAAACAGUUCCUGUGCCAUCUUGCUGACAGUCAAGUGGAGGAAUGACUCACUUUUGGUGUAAUUUAUAGGAUUUUUCAGAAGCUGUGGGGGUGGGGAUGGGGGUUGGUUACCUGUUUGUGUCUGUAAGAGGUCCUUGAUUUUAUAAAAGCCACCAUUUCCAUCCAGAGAGGGUGAUAAUGGAGGGAAGAUCAAUGGGGGGCAGGGAGGGGAGAAGUAUUCACUUGCUUGAUAGCAGAGCUUAAUGGUAGGACUUAGUUGCUUUUCACAGGAAUGAUGUGUCCUCAUCCUAAGACAGCCUGGAUUCUCUUUUAUGUGGCUAUUAUCCAUUUGCCUGCCUUUCCAUCAUCAGUGACUGUUUUGCUCCAGUUCUUCAAUCCUUUACCCCAAAGAUGGCUGGAUUAUAUCUGUGCAGUAAAAUAAAGUAUUUCAAACUCAUGUACUUGUAUUCAUUUGAGAUAUAAGGUGUGCUUACUUGUAAAAAGGAUUCUUCCCCCUUAUAUUUGUAUCUGAAUAUGUCCAUGAGAUAACUAAAACAACAAAACUUCAACCAACCUUGCAAGAGGAUGAAGGUGACUCUUUGAGGGUGGGGCUGUGGAGUGGUGGACUGGGAGAGCAGUCAUCCAAGCAAAGAGAUGAGAUCAGGGUCUCACCUCCCAAGAAGAUUAAGAUUUGGAGUCCCCUGAUGGGAUCAUGUCUGCUUUCACUGUAUUGCUUAGAAAUCUUUUGCUUUGUCUCCUGCCUGUGACUGUUGAUGAGUUAAAGGACUAAGUAGACGGGGCUGUGGUGUACUCUGGUGCUAAGGAUGAUGGGGAUGGAACCAGGAAAAUUGGCAAGCUGGGGUGCUUAUGGUAAACUUAGUAUUUCCUCAUUGACUUUGGCCAUUCAGCAACCUGUGUCUUGUCAUCCCCUGAGUAUCAGGUGUUACUCUAGAGGCUAAGGAUUGGGGAGUGAACAAAUAAGCCAGAAUCCCAGGUUGGAGGUUAUUCUUGUGCCAGAAGUGGACAAUAAAAAUAUCAAAAGAAGAAGGGAAAGCAUGUCAGGAAGGGGAGAACGGGAAGUGCUGGGGAGGCAGAAUGCUAUUGGAAGUGGAGUCGUCAGGCUGAAGGGCACCAUCACCAGCAGCUUACUUGGCAUGGCCCAGCCCUCUCAUCGUUAUUUUCAACAUUUCAAGUGAAUAAACCAAGGUGCAAUGGAAGCUAUAUAUUAUUAAACAUUGGUAGCCUUUCACUUUUAAAAAAAUUUUAAUUUUCAAGUUCAAAAGUUGGGAAAUAGGAGGGUGCUAGAAAAUCUUCCCAUGAGAAACUGACGAAACACGUCACUGAUUCCUCACCUGAGCAGAAUGCUAGGUAACCUAUCAUUUCUAGGAAAGCUUAUUCCAAAGAACUCCCAAGUGCUCCCCCAACAUUUUUCAGAUAGUGGAGGGGAGGAUUGGGGGGUGGACACGUUUUUUUGGGAUCCCUAAGAGCCAGAGGAGUCCACCAUCUAGGCCACAUGUGAUUUCAGGAAUGACUCCUGCUAACCUCUUGUUACUUGACUUAAAUUUUUCUUAUUCAUGCAGGGAGUACAUACAGGGUGCUCUGAUGACAUAAUUGCUACAGACACACAGAAACCUUAGAAAAACAAAAGCUGUGGGCAGGAAAAGAAAAAGGCAGAACUCAUUGUUCACCCUGCUCUAUAUAACAUGUCAGGAAUAAAAACCUGUGUUGCUUUGGUCACCUUGGCAGAACCAGAUGGAAGGAGGAUGGUGUGUCUUCAGCAGAUCCUUGGCGACAUUAGACAAAAGGUCUCAUGAUUCUGACCUGUGACUUUAUUAACUGGUGCUAGGAGAAGGAAAUGGCAACCCACU